AUGGCAAACCCUCCAUACUUCGAUAGGAAUAGCAUGAUGCACCACCCCCCAGAUAGUAGCGGUCCUCGAUAUCUCAACGGCUCAAAUGUCACUGAGCCUGAUUCUCAAUGGCCCGUUUUUCACCAAACCACUUCAUCGCCAAUGCUUCGAGGAUACAAUCAGCCGCCUUGCUCGUUUUCGGCUUCGUUGGAGCUUCCGGCCUCAUUGCAUCAGGCUGAAUCACAAUCUUGUCCCCGCAUAACCCGCAAUCCAUCUACAUCCAGUAGCUAUGCUCAAUUUCCGGUGAACAACAGUAUGCGCCGAUCGAUAUCGCAAUUCUCCUCCAUGUCUUCCAGUCAGCACGCACAUGGCUACAACAUGACCCAAGCGCCACGUGGUUCCUUCGACGGCUCACUACCCUUGGAAAUGACUCGUUCUUACUCGAGCACUUCAGAUAACCCGGAGACGGCAAAUCAGUCGCCUUCAGUGCACUUGGCUUUGACGCCAGCCGACUGGCAUACUGGUCAGCAAUUCGCGUUCACACCAGAAGGUCUAAACCAAUGCACCACAACUGGUCCCUCGACCCAAUAUCAGUAUGAAUUAGAUGAUAAUUUUGGAAUUGGAAACGGAAGCGGAGAUCAAUCUUUGGAAUGGAAAACACAUACCAACAACUACCGUCCAUCGAAUAUGCCGAACUACGAUUCGUACCUUGGGAUUCAGUUGAAUUACGCACUCCUUCCGUUUCCAAUGGAUGCGCUUGGCCGGACCUGGGCGUAUGAAUACCCUUGUUGUGGCCUUCACCAUGGACCAAAUAUAUCCUACCAGGACCACUACUUUCCCAGCCAAUCAUCCUUGGAUUACACCAUGGCACUGGACCAAAUAUCCCCACUGGCAGUUUUUAGUGAUCUUCGACCCUAUACAUGGCCGUCCACCGAGUGA